AGGCUUGGAAAAAGUUGAUCACUCCAUGUGCAUGGAACAUAUUCCAGCUCAAAGUGGUGGAUACAAAUGAGAAUCAAACCAACUUGUGUGGAUACUGCUACACCAGCUCUAUCUGGCAUAUGUUCUAGUCAAAUCGCAAGUGCACAUAUAUAUACGGUUAAUUCAUCCCCAAAGUCUGGGAAACAUAAGCAAGUCUUUUUGAUGGGGUGUGCUUGCACCAAACCGCAAUUUCGGCAUGAAGAUCCAGCAAUUCUUGCUGAACAAACUUAUUUUAAUGUUUCUGAAAUUGAAGCAUUAUAUGAUCUCUUCAUGAAAUUAAGCAGCUCAAUGGUCAAUGAUGGGCUAAUUAGCAAAGAAGAGUUUCAACUUGGCUUAUUCGGAAGCAGCAAGAAACAGAAUCUCUUUGGUGACAGGGUGUUCAAUAUAUUUGACUCAAAAAAUGAUGGUAUGAUAGAUUUUGGAGAGUUUGUUAAAGCUUUAAGCGUUUUCCAUCCAGCAGCGCCUCAACCACAAAAGGCAGCUUUUGCAUUUCGACUCUAUGAUAUAUGGCAAAGAGGCUUUAUUGAAAGAGAUGAGGUAAGAGAGAUGAUACUGGCACUCCUAAGAGAAUCUGAUUUGGUUCUUUCUCAUGAGAUGAUUGAGGUCAUAAUUGAUAAGGCAUUUCAAGAAGCUGAUUUAAAAAGAGAUGGAAUUAUUGAUCAAGAGGAAUGGGAAAGUUUUGUUGCUCAAAAUCCAUCCUUAUUGAGGAAUAUGACAAUUCCAUAUCUGAAGUAAUAUCCACUUUUCCUUUCAUGCAUUUCCUUCUAGGAGUCUUUGUGGAUAGGUUAUGUUAGUAUUUGGACUCUUAACAUACACACACCCUACUCCCACCACACUUAUGAUUGGACCGAUAAUGUUGACUUGAUAGCAUAUGCUCUAAAGAGCUAUAUCAUAAUUAAAAUUUUGAGUUGGAUCUAGAUCAACCUUACCGAACCACAGUGACACUCCUCUAAAGAAUAAAUUUGUUUUAAAAUUGAGGUAACUCACAAUCUUGCCGUCAUUUCCGACAACCACAUAAUAUAUACCAUCAAUGCGGUUUUGUUUGACUAUUAGAAGUGGAUAAAAAAAAAAUAUAUAUAUUCUAAUUAAGCAUCGUCAUAUUUGUGGUUAUAAGUAACCCUUGC